AUGGAGAAUUUUGUUAUGAAUGUGUGGAAUUUUGUUACUAAACCUCAUAUUCUGAUUCAUUCUGAGGCAUAUUGCAUUUUCAAAUUUCACACCAUAGCUGAUAGAGACCAAGUUCUUCAGUCAGGACCAUACAUAUACAAGAACAAACCAAUGGUACUAAGGCUAUGGGAAAUUGAUUUCUCAUUCAGCAGAGGCAUUCUGAGCAUAAUACCAGUUAGGAUGAUAUUUCCUGGGUUACUAGUAGGUUAUUGGUCGAAUGAGGCUCUAAGUAAAAUGGCCAGUGUGGUGGACAAGCCCCUAUACACUGAUAAAUUCACUGCUCAUUAUGACAAGAUAUCCUAUGCUAGGGUUCUUGUGGAGGUAGAUGCUGCAUAUUCUCUUCCAGACCAGAUAGAAAUAGAAUCACCUUUUGGCCCAAUGGUGCAGACUAUUGAAUAUGAUUGGAAACCUGUAUUUUGUAAUGAUUGUCUGAAAUUUGGUCAUGAUUCUAUUAACUAUUGGCACAACACAAAGUGUAAUGAGGAGGUGGAUAACAAGGAAGAGGAAAGGCCAAGAAGACAAAGGAAAAGAACAAAGAAGCAAACUAAGACUGUCAAGCAAACAUUGCUGGUGAAGAAGCCAGAAGUGAGUGCUGAAAUAGAAUCAGAACCACAGAGGGAAGUAGUCCUACAAGCAUACCAUGAUCAUGAAAUUGAAUGCACUGAGAUGGGUAGAGUGAGUAUAGAGCCUAUACAACAGAAGAUUUCUAUGCCAUGUCAGAUAAAAGAUGGGAUUAACAUACAGGAUAACAUAUGCUGCAAUCCUGUGAAUGAAGAUUGCAAUGAUAAAGGGAAGGCAUCUGCUGAGAUAAAGGAUGCUAGGAGAAGAGGACAACAGGAGGACCCAGAUCAAUUCAUCCAUUGCCUAGUGGAGGAUACCAGCACUCAAAUUACAACACAUCUCAGUAUCAUUUAUGCUCAGAAUGAUGGCCAACAAAGGGAGAAUCUAUGGGGGGACCUUAAACAGCUAAAUAUGCAGGCUCAGGAGACAUGGCUACUUAGUGGAUAUUUUAAUAAUGUGCUAUCCUCUAAGGAUAGAAUAGGGUCCCCUGUAACUACUACUGAAACACAGGGAUUCACAUAUGUGAUUGAUUCUCUACAACUUACCCCUCUUAGAGCUAAAGGAUGGCAUUACACUUGGACAAACAAACAAGGUACUGGCUCAAGAGUAUAUAGCAAGAUAGAUAGGGCUUUGGGAAACUACCAGUGGAUACAACAAUAUGGUCAUGUAGAAGCAGAUUUUUUGAAUCCAUCACUCUCUGAUCAUUUCCUUAUCCUAAUCAAAUAUGGUCGACAGAAGCUAUUACAUCCUAAACCAUUUAGACUAUACACAAAUGUCAUGGAACUUCCACAAUUCCAGAAUAUUAUUCAGCAUGCUUGGAGUCAGAAUUAUGAUGGCACACCUGUGCAACAGAUCUGGUGCAAGCUGAAGGCUAUGAUGACAUAG